UGGAUUGGAAAGUUUUUGUCUCGUGAAAUCAGGAAGUCCAGUUAGACUAAUGUCUGCCGUGGAUCUAUGUGUCUGCGCGGAGGAGGACGGUGAGCUGUGACCCGUCUGUGUGGACACCUGGACACAGGUCUUCUCUUCAUGCUGGUCGUCUGCUCUGAUCGUCCACCAGCGACUCCAGUACGAACGUCCUGAUGGUUUACUGGCCUUCUCCAGCACGUUGGAAACACUCACUGCAACAUGGAGCAACCAAACGGGCCGGGGGAUCAGAUGGGGGCCAAGGAAUCGCUGCUGAAGGCUCCGGAGCACUGCUCUCCUCUGGUUCCUUCUCCCACGCUUGAGAACAUCCAGGCGGCAUAUGAAGACGGCGAGGAGGACGCCGCCAGGGAGCUGAUUCAACGCGCCUGCUGUGUGGAGUGCAGCGGGGGGACGCCGCACAUCGACGGGGUCAUCCUCCUGUGCGUGGCGGCUCAGCACGAUGACCUGCAGAGCGUGUCUUACCUGCUGAAAGAGGCCCACGUUCCUGUGCCUCCUCAGCCGUCCAACAACAACCCGGCCAUCGUGGCGGCGUAUUACGGAAACAGCGGGCUGGUCCGGGAGCUGCUGGACUCCAUACCAGGGCCGUGUCUGAGGGCCGACUUGUUAAACUGGAUGCUGGCCACUUCCUGUCAGCAGGGUCACCUGGAUGUGGUCCGUCUGCUGGUCCAAGGUUACGGAGCCGAUGCCAAAGACUGCGCCAUCCACAGCGAAGAGUUUGCCGUCAUCACAGGGCUGCCGCUGUACGCAGCUGCACGCGCAGGAAAUGAAGAGAUCGCCGACUUCCUGUUGCAGAACGGCGCCGGAUUCUCCUCGUACACGCUGAUGGAUCACCCCGCCUUCAGCAAGCUCCUCCUCCGAAACAAACUAGAAGAAACGACGGACGCCGAUGGCGAGACGACUGUGAGUGUGUGCUGGAGCGGACUGCAGCUGCCCUGGUUGGAGCUGGACUGGUUCAUGGACGUGUCCUCCAGGAUCACCGUUCUGGAUCUGUCCUCUAACAGCCUGACCGCUCUGCCCUCUGUGGUGCCGUGGGGUCUGAUCCACCUCACCGCUCUGGAUCUGUCCGAUAAUCUGCUGAGAGAGCUGCCGGCCGCACACAGUUCUCAGGAAGUCAUCUGCUCCAGUCUCAAACAGGUUAAUCUGUCUCAGAACAAGCUGUCUUCGUUACCAGUCGGACUCCUCCAUCUGAUCUACAUCCAGAGACUCUCUGCAGCUAAGAACCAGCUCACCGAUAUCUUUGACAUUCCUCCAGGGACAAACUGGAUCGGUCUGCGUAAGCUGGAGGAGCUGGACGUGUCCGAUAACGGUCUUAGCGCUCUGCCCGUGUCCGUCAUGCACUGGCUGAAAUCGCUGAGCAUCCUCAACGUGAGCAGGAACAAGCUGAGCACUUUCCCCGACGCCUGGGCGUGUCCACUGAAACAAUGCAAAGCCUCAUCCAACGCCAUCCAAAGUCUCCCCGACUCCUUCUCCAUCUUCUGGAGGACUCAGCUGCAGGAGGUGGACUUCUCUGACAACAGCCUGAGCGAGCUGCCGCCGCACUUCUUUGAGCUCGAGGCCCUGGUCUCUGUGAGGCUGUGUGGGAAUCUCAUUGCGACACUCCCCGCCCCCGCUAAGUGGAAAUGCUCUCAGCUCAGGACCCUCGACGUUUCCAGGAACCAGCUGGGCAAAUCAGAGGAGGGGCCUAAAUCCAGGAGGUUGGCUUUCCUGACCACAUGGACCAAGAGGGAGCCUGACCCAGUCUGCUUGGUGGAGUUUCCCAUGAUCCUCCGGGAGUCCUUGGAAGUUCUUUACUUGAACGACAACCAGCUGGAGGUGGUUCCUCAGUCGGUGUGUGAUCUGCACAGCCUCACCGAGCUCUACCUCUCCAAUAACCCUGGGAUCCGGGAGCUUCCAGCUGAGCUUGGUCAGCUCUCUAACCUUUGGCAGCUCGACAUCGAAGACCUCAACAUCUCCAACGUCCCCCUGGAGGUCCGGAAAGAAGGUCCCGGCUCCGUGCUGGCGUUCCUGCGGGCUCACCUCCGUAAAGCUGAGCCGUUCAGACUGCUGAAGAUGUUGGUGAUCGGCCCCCCAAGGCAGGGGAAGACCACGCUGCUGGAGGCGCUGCAGUUCGGAAGGACCUCGCCGUUCACCGCCGCAGCAGAGCGCAGCAUCUCCACCUUUACCUGGGAGCUGGAGAAACCCAACGGGGGCAAGAACAGCAAGGACUCGGUGGCGUUUAACGUCUGGGACAUCGGCGGCCAGGCCAGCAUGUCCACGGUGAACCAGUGCUUCUUCACUGAUAAGGCUCUGUACCUGGUGGUCUGGAACCUGGCCUUAGGAGAGGAGGCUGUGGCCAACCUGCAGACAUGGCUGCUCAACAUCGAGGCUCGGGCUCCAAACUCGGCCGUUGUGGUGGUCGGGACGCAUUUAGAUCUGAUCGACACUAAGUUUCGCACGGAGAGGAUCGCCACGCUGAGGGCCUACAUCCUGGCCCUGUGCCGGUCACCAUCAGGGGCCCGGGCCUCAGGUUUCCCUGACAUCACCUGGAAACACCUGCAUGAAGUCUCCUGUAAAACCCUCGAGGGGUUAAACAUGCUGAAGAAGCUGAUCCACAAGGUGGCGCUCUCCAUGAAGGACAGCAGCAGCUCAGCAGGAGCCAACAAGCUACUGGGCAGACUGAUCCCUCGCAGCUACCUGACUCUGCAGGACGCCGUGAUAGCUGAGAAGACGAGGAGAGCAGCGGUGGGAGACGUCCAGUACCUAACAGACGUUCAGCUGGACCACAUCCUGGAGCAGAACACAGGAAGUGACAUCAGAGACUACGAAGAUCUGCAGACCGCCAUCAGCUUCCUGAUAGAAACGGGAACUCUGCUGCACUUCCCUGACACCAGCCACGGCCUGUGCACCCUCUACUUCCUGUGUCCCGUGUGGCUGUCCGAGUGUCUCGAGAGGAUCCUCCACCUCAAGUCGUCUCGCUCCGUGGCCAGGAACGGCCUGAUCCGGGCUGAGGACCUCAGGAUGCUGUUGGUAGGAACAGGAUUCACGGAGCAGACCGAGGAGCAGUACUUCCAGUUCCUCGCCAAGUUUGAGAUCGCUCUGCCCGUGGCCAACAACAGCUACCUGCUGCCCCACCUCCUCCCCCCAAAGCCCGCCAUGGACAUCCACGGCUUCCGACAGCAGACCAACAACACGCUGCAGCGCCUGGUCAGGAUGAGCUUCGUUCCCGCCGGGUUCUGGGAGCGCUUCAUCGCCAGGAUGCUGAUCAGCCUCACAGAGAUGGACCUGCAGUCGUUUGAGCCCAAUAGGAACGCCAGGUGCCGGCGCAGCAGGAGCUCACUGAUCCACAGUUUUGCUGGGAACCAGCAGAGGAACCGCUGCAGCACCUUCAGAGUCCGCCGCAGCAAGACCAUCUACUGGAAGGAGGGGCUGCUGGUCACCUUUGACGGAGGUUACCUCAGCGUUGACUCAUCCGACGUGAACUGGAAGAGGAAAAAGAGCGGCGGCAUAAAGAUCCUCUGCCAAUCAGAGACCAGGGAUUUCUCUGCCAUGGCGUUCAUCACCGACCACGUCAACUCGCUGAUGGAGCAGUGGUUCCCUGCUCUGACGGCCAGCGAGAGCGACGGGACGCUCCUGAUCGAGCAGUACGCCGCCUGUCCCCUCUGUGCCUCGCUCGGCCUUCGGGCUCAGGACGGCGGUCUGUGGGAAGGGAGAGGAGGAGCCGAAGGAGACGGUGGAGGAGGCGGCGAUGGCGUUCACUACUUCAACAUGGAGGACUGCAUUUUAGCAGCCGUGGAGAAGGAGCACAUCGUCUGUCCUCAGCAUCCCGAGCAGCCCGUCGCUCUGCAGGAGCUCGUCCCUGAACUCUUCAUGACCGACUUCCCCUCACGGCUGUUCUUGGACCGGGCUGAUCUGGAAUAUUCUGAGGAGGAGAACAGCAUCCUGGGUCAGGGCGGCAGCGGGACGGUCAUCUAUCGAGCUCGAUAUCGGGAUCAGCCGGUGGCCAUCAAACGCUUCCACUUCAAGAGGUGCCGACAGCAGACCAUCACCAGCGACACAGACACCAUGAUCAGACACCUCCAGUCGACCGACGCCUGCCGGAGCUUCUCCGAGUUUCGUCAGGAGUCGAGCAUGUUGCACUCUCUGCAGCACCCGUGCAUCGUGUCUCUGGUGGGCAUCAGCAUCCACCCGCUGUGCUUCGCCCUGCAGCUGGCUCCUCUGGGCAGCCUUAACACCGUGCUGGAGGAGAAACAGAAGAACAGAGGCUCCAGGUACAUGCCUCUGGGUCACAUGCUCACCUUCAGAGUAGCCUAUCAGAUCGCAGCAGGGCUGGCGUACCUUCACAGGAAGAGGAUCAUCUUCUGUGACCUCAAGUCUGACAACAUCCUGGUGUGGUCUGUGGAGCUGCAGGAUCCAGUCAACGUCAAACUGUCAGACUACGGCAUCUCUCGACAGUCCUUCCACGAGGGGGCGCUGGGGGUCGAGGGCACGCCGGGUUAUCAAGCUCCUGAGGUCAGACCGGGCAUCGUGUAUGACGCCAAGGUGGACAUGUUCUCCUACGGCAUGGUUCUGUAUGAGCUGCUGUCGGGUCAGAGGCCGGCUCUGGGACACCACCAGCUGCAGAUCUCCAAGAAACUCACCAAAGGGAUCAGACCGGUGCUGGGCAGUCCGGAGGAGGUCCAGUUCACCUGCCUCCAGACUCUGCUGACCGAAUGCUGGGACACUAAACCUGAGAAGAGGCCGGUGGCGGCGCAGUGUCUGAGGCGGAUGCAGGAGCCCAGUUUCCCGUGCCUGCGCUUCGUGAUGUCAUGUGACAACCACGCUCGGCUCUUCCUGUCUCAGCUGCAGGGAUACAGCGCCGUGUUCUGGAGUGGAGACAAGGAGGAAAGGAACUACAGCGUGGUGAACGUGGACAAAGGCCAGGUGGAGGUGAAGAGGAUGUCGUGUCCCGGCGGUCGGAUCAGCUGUCAGAUGAAGAUGGGGAACGCUCUGUGGAUGGCGACCGAGGAGCAGGACGUCUUCAUCUACAGCCUGAAGGACAUGUGUCCUCUCAGCCAGCCUCAGAAACGCUUCUCCUGUCCCGCCGUCAUCACCUGUCUGUUCCCCGUCCCAGCUAGAGACCAGAGUCUGCCUCGAGUGUUCGCCGGGAUGUCCGACGGUCUGAUGGCGGUCUACAGUCUGGUGGACGACCUGCCCGUGGAUGGGGAGACGUAUCUGUGCUCGCACACGCUCAACAAGACGGUGUUUGGUCUGAAGGACUCUGAUCCACGACAGAGCCCCUACCCGGUCAGAAGCAUGGCGCUGGUGGGAGGUGGCUCCCAGUUGUGGUUCUCCAACGGUCCGGGUCUCCUGGUCCUGGACUGUCAGAGUCUUCAGGCUGUCCGACGGUUGGAGACCUACAGUCCGAUGUCCUCCAUCGUCUCCAUGACGACCAGCUUCAGCCUGAUGGGGGAAGAGGGGGUGUGGGCGCUGGACAGCCAUGCCAACAUGCUGCUGCUGUAUCACGCCGCCUCUUACCAGCUGUGCGCCACCUACAGCUGCGGAGACUCUCAUCCUCUGCGGGACAUCUUCAACGUGCAGCGUCCUGCAAGCAUUGCCACGGUAACGGCGCUGGAGAACAGCGAGGAGAGCGAGCAGCAGAUGAACGGAGAGGUGACUCUGAUCUACAGUGAGGAGGCGGGCACUCAGAUCAUCCAGCACCAGGAUUCGCUGACAGACUGCUGCUCCACGUCGUCCACGUGCUCCCUAGAGACGCCGGGCUCGGUCGCCUCUGGCGCGCUGCCCCCUGCAGGCCCGGAGGAGACCAGCAGGGAUCAUAGCCAGCAGCUAUCCUCCAACCCUGAAGAUGAAAACAGCACCGAGCCGGCGCUGCAGGCGGUGACGGUGCUGUCAGUGAACGGAACGCUGUGGGUCCCCAGGCGAGGAGGAGACGUGAUGGUCAUUGAGAUUCAGACUCACGCCAGUCACCUGAGGGGGCGUGUCAUCGCCGUCCUAAGUCCACCUGGAUGUACAUCUCUAGGCGUCCUGCAGGAGGCGGCGCUGGUGGCUAAGGACAUGGUCGUCUGUGGCUUCCAGAAGGAAAACAGCGAGUGGUGCCUGAGUGUCUGGAGGGGCUGGGGCAGCGGCGAGCUGGAAGUCUUCUUCCAGUCCUACGAGGAACUGGGCCGCCUGGAGAGCAGCAUGAGGAGAAGAAGGUAACUGUUGUGCUGCAGAAUCGGCGCUCUGUGAGGAGAGAGAGGCCACA